CAACAAUCAGCGAGUCAACACAAGGUUCUGUACCAUGUAUCUCCAUCGAAGGAUAUACAGCCGACUGUAACAACUAAAAUCCACCUCAAAAGUUCAAAUUGCAACAGAUGGAAUGGAAAAGGAGGGCCACAGAAUAUGUUUAGAGGAUGGCGUUCUCAGUGGAACCCAGGCCUCUCGUUGGUCUCUUUUCCCUAGAGAGAGAGAGAGAGAGAGAGAGAGGGAACGACCCAAUUUUCACCAGCAACAGGCGCUACUGUAAUCACAAGACUAAGAACAACCUCUGCAUUUCUGACUUGAUUUCCCGGCGUAAAGCUGCCAACCGAUGGCUACUCAUUCAAUAAACAUCCAUUCUCCCUCUUUAAGAUGCACCAAGCUCGGAAGAGCGACCGGUUUUCCGCCGACUCCUCCCUGUUUCACAUCAUUCGAAGACCAGCGAUGCAAGGGACCCCCAACCGUCGGAAGACCUUUGGUGGUUUCCCGCCGGCGGAUUCGCACGGAGGCCUUCGUAUGCUCUGCCAUUCAGCAAGAAUCCUCUGCGGCCUCAACGGUAGCUGAGGUGAAGGAAGAGAAACCUGAAGCCCCAAAAGAAGCUCCGCAGAAGCCGAAGCGUGCCCCUCCUGCUAAGACUCCGACGAAACCCCUGCCCGAGCUCAUGGCGGAGGAAGUAAUUCCUCCGCUCAGAGCGAUCCUUCAGGCCGAGAAGGAGCUCUCGGACUUGGAGCUGUUAUUUCAUGACAAUCAGUUGGAGGGUUCGUUUGUGAAGAAUGGUGUGCCAUAUACCUUCUGGGCUUUCUUCCCCAGUGGUGGUCUUAUAGGUCCCAAAGGGUUCUCAUUGUCCUCAUAUGGAUCAGGACCUAGCACUGUGGAACCAUUUCUGGUUGAUGAAAAAAAAAUCACCGCCAAACAUGUUAUCUUUUGGGUGGAGAAAAGGUUAGCUGCACAAGGCAUUCUCCCCGUGUGGAAAGAGUAAAUGACCAGCUUCUCUGUAUGACAAAAAGCUCUCAUAUGAUGUGUAUCAUAUCUUCUUCUGAUUAUUCACAUUAUUUCCUUCUGUAACGUCUCUAUUCAAGCCAUACAAUAAGAAAAAGCAAUCUAGUGGCCAGAAUUUUCAUCUAA